AUGCUGAAAAGGAGAGUUUUUCACGAGUUCCGUCGACACAACAGGAGCUCGCGAUGGAAUGCCGAUGCACAUCUUCGAGCUCAUGAACGCUCUGCAAAUGUGGAAGACGAUGCGAUUAUGAGAGUCGAUACUUGUCAACUAGCCGCAAAUAACCCCAUUGAAGAUUUCUAUUCUGCUGCGAAGUGUUUGUCAAGCCGAGCAUUUUUAUUCGGAGUUUUCGAUGGACAUGGAGGACAACAAUGUAGCCGGCAUAUCUCUACAAAUCUCUAUCCAUAUUUAUGCGCUUCUGUGUUAAAAAAACAUGAGAUCGGUAAUUAUCCCCCAGAUCAACGUCUCGAAUGGCUGUUUAGUAGUUCUGAUGGACAUCUCCCUAAUGCGUUUAAAUCUCGAGAAACUCGCAACAUUUCGGAAUAUCAUAAAGAAUUUAAAAAGAACGCAAAUGCAUACACUGGAACAGUUCGAGAAGCGUUGAAACUUGCCUUCGAAACGUGCGAUCGAGACCUUGGUGAUAAUGCACUGCCGAAUGCAAAAGGAGUGAUAGAUAGGCAUGCUGCUAUGGUUGCCGCUUCAGGAUCGUGCUGUACCUUAGCCCACAUUCGUUCCCGCCAUUUACAUGUAGCUAACCUUGGAGAUGCAGCUGCUGUAUUAGGAGUCGUGAAUCCGAACGGAAGUGUGACAGCAAGACAACUCUCCAGAGCACAUUGUGUGGACAAUGCUGAUGAAGUUCAUCGAAUUAGAAUCGCUCAUCCUGCUUCUGAAUCCCAAACCGUUCUUCGAGGUGGACGAUUAUUAGGAGAAUUAUUUCCUCUUCGAGCAUUUGGAGAUGUCCGCUACAAGUGGCCUCUUGAUCUUCAGAAAGUGGUACUAGAACCACUUGGACAUCCUCCUCCUCAGCACCUUUACACACCACCUUAUCUCUCCACUUCUCCUGAAGUCUUUUAUCACAAGCUGACACCAAAUGAUAGGUUCCUGGUAUUGGCCACAGACGGAUUAUGGGAAUGGCUUGAUCCUGACACUGUUGUUCGUCUAGUUCAUGAUCAUACACUGGGUACAAUUACUCAACAACCUUACGUGCCAAAGUCGGGUACAACUCUGCGACAAGUUCGUGAACAACUGAAAGAACGUGCUAAGGGAGAACAAAGAACGAAGAAACCGAUAGAUGAAAAUUGUGCGACGCACAUAAUCCGUCACGCGUUAGGUGGAGUCAGUGGUGGAGCUACUAAACAGUACGAAAGAUUGAUAGAUAUACUCCAGGUUCCACCCGGCCGUGCUCGGAAUUAUCGUGAUGAUAUCACUGUAAUUGUUAUCCACUUCAACGAGACGUUUCUUGACGGUCACGAAGAAGACGAAGAAUAA